GUCUUUGGUCAGCCGCACCUGGACCUACAGGGCCGAACCCUUUUGACCCAACACGGCGAUAUGGCUAUCUUCAAUGUAUACGCACCCACAGGAAGCCAUGCCACAAAGAAAGAGUUCCACCAACAGCUGACGCUCAAGAUGAGAGAGCAGCGCGCGAAGGGCAUGCGUGUGGUACUGGCAGGCGACCUGAAUGUGACGCGAAGGAAAGAAGACGUGGUGUGGCAUAGUCGCAUGCUCACACUGCAGUUGCUGAUGAAUAUACUACACGCGCGUGUGGAUCAGAAAGGACAUACAGAAGCAAGCAACCGUGGUCACGUGCUGAGUGAUAGAGGUCUGAAUGAUGAGGAAAUAAGCGAUGAGGAAAUAAGGGGUGGUGGGUUGUUAGGCACCGAGUUAAGAGAUGAUGUGAACACAAGUAGUGAGAAAAUAGGCGAUGAGAAAAUAAGCAGGACAGAUAAGAGUAUAGAGGCGGCAAAGAAUUCGUUAAACGCUUUGACAGCGCCUUCGACACGGAUCAACGGGGAAGGGCCACACGGGAGCCCCCGCAGAGUGACUGAUGACGGACACAUCACAAGGGAAUGUAGUAUGCCUAAGAUUAGUAGUAUGCGGAUAAAGAGCCCGGAAGAAACACGCUUGUGUGGGAAUAACACGUGCCAAAUAAGCAUGUGUGGGAAUAACACGUGCCAAAUAAGCAUGUGUGGGAUUAACACGUGCCAAAUAAGCAUGUGUGGGAAUAAGCCAUACGAAACAAGUGGGUGUGGGGAGAAGGCGCGCGACGGGAGUGACGGUCUGAGUGUGGCUUUGGAGGAACAUACGGCACGAAAGAUUCUUGCUGCCCUGCCGCAGACUAUUGAGUUGUUGAAGGGACUGCGAGUGCUUGAGGUACCUGGGUCCAAGAAGCCGAAGGAGUACACGCGCAAGACAACGUCGUACAAGGUA